UUAAUCAGUGGCAUAUGCUGUGUGUGUGUGUGUGUGUGUGUGUGUUUUAGAAAGUCUGUAUCUAAUUCUCUGCUGUGAUAUACCACAGCGAGGGAUGGUUUUCAUAUUUUAACACAAUGAAGGCAUGCGCUACAGCUCUGCUUUUGAUCCUCUCGAUCACGCUGCAGUAUUCCUGCGCUUUGAGUCCCACAGAUUGCAAUGCUACUGGGCCCCUGGCUGGGAAAGCUCUAGAUCUGAUCAAUAAAGGACGGCGGAAUGGCUACCUCUUCCAGUUGCUGCGGGUCGCUGAUGCCCACUUGGACGAAGUGGAAUCUGCAACUGUCUAUUAUUUAGCCUUAGAUGUGAAAGAAUCUGACUGUCCGGUCCAAUCCAGGAAAUACUGGGAUGACUGUGAGCCAGCGCUUUCUAGACGUCCAUCUGAAAUAGUGAUUGGACAAUGUAAGGUAAUAGCUACCACACAUUUGAAUGAAUCUCAGGAUCUUAGAGUGAAUGACUUCAACUGCACCACAAGUUCUGUCUCUUCUGCACUGGCCAAUACUAAAGACCGCCCCGGACUCUUCGAUUACUUUGAGGACACUGAGCUCUACAGAAAACAGGCAGACAAGGCCCUUGAGAAGUACAAAAGGAAGAAUGAUGACUUUGCCUUUUUCAGAGUGGACCGAGUGGAGAGAGUUGUAAGAGUGAGAGGAGAGGAAAGAACCAAUUACUACGUGGACUUCUCUGUGAGGAACUGCUCCAGCCACCAUUUUCCUCGGCACGCUACUGUCUUUGGGUUCUGCAGAGCAGAUUUGUCCUAUGAUGUAGGAACCUCUGACAUGGAAAGUCCAAAAGAUAUUGUCAUAAACUGUGAAGUCUUCAACCUUAAGGAACAUAGAAACAUCAGUGAUGUACAAGCCCAUCUGGACCAUCUACCCCACUCUGGUGGGCAUGAGCAUUCUCCUGCUGGCAAGCCUUCAUUUAAGCCCAAGAGAUCCAGAGAUUCCCACCAUCCUCACAAGCCACAUCAACUUGGAUGCCCACCUCCUCUAGAAGACAAAAAUCACGCAGACAGGCCACAGUUUCAAUCAGGAGCUCCUCCAGUGUUGCCCCCUUCAAGAUGUCAUCACCCCCAUUUUGGCACCAAUGGCACCCAUACACCCCUUCAUAAUCAUAGUUCCAGUGAGCACCAUCCCCAUGGACACCAUCCUCAUGACCAUCAUCCCCAUGGACACCGUCCCCAUGGACACCAUCUCCAUGGACACCAUCCCCAUGGACACCAUCCCCAUGGAUACCAUCCCCAUGGACACCAUCCCCAUGGCCAGGAUUUCCAUGACCAUGGACCCUGUGACCCACCACCCUAUAGCCAAAGUUCCCAAGAUCACCAUCGCUGGGGCCAUGGCCCACCACCAAGGCACUCAGAAGAAAGAGGUCCAGGUAAACGACACUUUCCCUUCAAAUGGAGACAAAUUGGAUAUGUUUACCGACUCCCUCCACUAAAGAAAGGUGAAGUUCUUCCUCUUCCCGAAGCCAAUUUUCCCAUUUUCUCAUUGCCAAAUCACAACAAUCCUCUAAAGCGAGAAAUUCAGCCCUUCCCUCAAUCAGCCUCUGAAUCAUGUCCAGGGACAUUCAAGAGUGAGUUUCCACAAGUCUUGACGUUUUUUGCAUAUACAUUUCCAAAGAAAAUCUGACUUCCUUGACAAAUGAAUAAUGUUCUGAAUUAGAACCAUAAAUAAAAUGUAACCGGUAACAAAAUCAAAAUUACAACCAUCUUCACUUUACUUUCAUAUUUAGGAUAGGACAAACUGUGCGUGGGGGAGAAGACGGCAUGAGAAGAGCCAAAUGGAGAAAGGAAAGAUCUUAGUCCCACAAGUCAGAAGUUCAUUCCCCACUGGCCAAUGUCCCACUUGAGGCAAAUCUCUGAUCCUCAGAAUUUCUUUAUUUCCUGACUUAACUCCUUUAAUUCUAGCAUCUUUCCUCUAUUAGUACUUAUGCUGUAGCUGGGCGUACCAAGAAGCUAUGUAUUAUUAUGUAAAGGAUUAUUGUUAUAAAAAGUGAUCCAAA